UACAUAUAUACACAGAUUAAUUAAUUAAAUAAUUAAUCUUAAUUGCGUUAUAUACAUUAGAGGAGUACUUUUACGUAAGAUCGAUCGAGCACUGGAAGAUGGAAUCCGCGAAGCAGAGAGUUAGCAACGCAGCUUCUGCUGCCAAACAACACCUCGAAGCUUUUGCAGCCAAAACUGAUGAGAAGGUUGAGAAGGCGAGGGCGAGGAGUAAAGAGGAGAAGGAGAUAGCGGAGGAGAGAAGAAAAGCAAAGGAAGCUGAGGCCAAGAUGAAGCUUCACGAAGCCAAGGCGCAUCACGCCGCUGAAAAGCUGCAAGCCAAGCAAGCUCAUCUUCCAGCCGCUGCAGUAACGCCGCACCUUACCCAUGGCGGCGGCCAAGGCCACCACGGACCCACCAUUGGUACAGUGGUUCCUUCCACUGGCACGGCCGCGCCGGCAUACCCUCUCGGAGGCCAUCCCCAUGGACAUACCAGAAAUAUGUAGCUAGGCAGCUAGCAGCUAGCAGCUAGCUAGCUCAACGUGAAAAUUAAAUUGGUGUUUGUGUUUUGAUGAUGUUCCUAGCUUUAUAUUUCUUCAACGUUUGUAUUAUAUCCCUUUAAUUUGUCAUAAAGUGUCUUUUUUAUUUAAAAUGUUUAUGGAUUGCUUUUAAAAAUGGAUUACUU